AUGAAUUUGGUUGUGGUUUCGUUCCUGAUAUGCGCACAUGCCCCAACGGAGGAAAAGGACGAUGCCACCAAUGACGCUUUCUAUGCGGAGCUCGACCGGGCUUAUGGUCGCUGUCCUUCCCAUGACAUUAAAAUUCUUCUCGGGGAUUUUAAUGCCAAGGUAGGACGAGAAGACAUCUUUGGUGCCACCGUCGGGCGAUUUAGUCUACAUGAGACCACCUCGAGCAAUGGUCUCAGAUUAAUAGGUUUUGCAGCUGCGCAUAAUAUGGUAGUUCGUAGGACUGGAUUCCGUCAUUUGGACAUCCAUAAGGCAGCUUGGCUCUCUCCCGAUCGACUGACUAGAAAUCAGAUCGAUCAUGUUGUGAUGAUGUGGCACGCAUCUAAUAUACUCGACGUGCGAUCCUGUCGGGGUCCCAACAUCGACUCCGACUAUUAUCUUGUUGCAGCUAAGAUUCGCACAUGGCUAUGUGUGGCGAAGAUUGCACGUCGAAGUGCGUUAAGAAGGCUGGACAUCGGAAAGCUGCAAUCACAACAGGCGAAGAAUGCAUUCUCCACUCACGUCUCGGGGCUAUUAAGCCGAGCGCCUUUAAUACCUGAAGACAUAAGCGACAUGUGGGCGCUCAUAUCUCACUCCCUGCGAGCUUCGGCAGACGAAGUGCUUGGAUUCCAGCGUCCUCUAACAAGGAAUCCAUCAGGAAUACGCAAGAAGAAAGAGCAGGAAAGGCGAGAGUGUGAGAGCAGCAGAUGCAGGAAUGAAGCACGUAACUUCUACCAGAGGGUCAAGCGCCUGACCCAAGGAUUUAAGACUGGUGGAGUGGCGUGCAGGGACGAUGAUGGAAAUCUUGUCACAGAAGCAGAGGUCGUGCUGAGGUUAUGGAGGGAUCACUUCUCGAGUCUGUUAUCUGGCUCAAGCACAGACUCUGAAGACUAUGAUCCACGAAACCCAAUCUAUGGCACUGAUAUUGAAGUGCCAAUCCCAAGUCAUAUCGAAGUCAAGGAUGCAAUCCAACGGCUUAAAAACAACAAGUCUGCAGGUGCUGACGGCCUGCCGGCAGAAUUGUUUAAGGCAGCUGGUGAUAUGUUAGUAGGGAGCAUGCACCAACUAAUCAGUAAGAUAUGGCUCACGGAGAGCAUGCCCGAAGAUUGGAACCUCAGCAUGAUCUGUCCCAUCCUGAAGAAGGUGCAGUUCAGGCCUGGCAAGUCCACUGUUGACCAGAUUUUCACCUUGCGCCAAAUCCUGGAGAAGUCUUACGAAAACCAGAUCGACACGUACCAUCUCUUCGUCGACUACAAAGACGCAUUUGAUAGCCCCCGGCGAGAUCGCCUAUAUGCCGCCAUGUCUGAGCUUGGUAUACCAGCAAAGCUGACUAGACUUUACAGAAUGACAUUGAGCAACACCAUCAGCUCUGUCAAGGUAGGAAGUGGCCAAUCCGAGACCUUUACUACCAAGUGUGGCCUCAGACAAGGUGACUCGCUGUCUUGUAUACUCUUCAAUAUUUUAAUGGAGAGUAUUAUAAGAAAGGCUGGUGUGCAUCGGACGGGCACGAUAUUAACCAACAGAUGUGUCCAGCUCCUUGGUUACGCUGAUGAUAUUGAUAUCAUUGGCCGCACCAAGCGUGAUGUCACAGGAGCCUUCAUGGCUAUUAAAGAGGAAUCAGCAAAAGUAGGACUAGCAGUGAAUAUGGAGAAAACAAAGUUUAUGGUGUGCUCUAGCAGAGAAUCGCGGCGUCUUGAUUCUCAGCUGACUGCAGAGAACUAUAGCUUUGGGUCCGUCAAGGAGUUUAUCUACCUAGGCACUGCUAUAACAAGCACAAAUGAUGUCAGUCUGGAGAUUAGGCGGAGAAUAACACUUGCCAACAGGUGUUACUUUGGGCUCAGUAGGCAGUUCAAUAGUAGAGCUCUCUCUCGACGCACAAAAACCACACUCUACAAGACGCUCAUUCUUCCAGUACUCCUAUAUGGUGCGGAGUGUUGGACAGUGACGCUGUCAGAUGCAGCUGCUCUUGGAGUGUUCGAGAGGAAAAUUCUUCGCAAAAUCUUUGGUCCAAUCUGCGUGGACGAUGUUUAUCGCAUCAGAUACAACCACGAGCUGUAUGAGCUGUACGGUGAUGUUGACGUAGCCAGUCGAGUGAAAUCUCAAAGACUUCGCUGGCUGGCCACAUUGCCCGUAUGGAGGUGUUUGAUGCGGUGA